CAACUCAUUAAUUUCUUUUGAAUUGCAGAGGAUGCGAGACUUUCUCCUUCAUUUUCCCGGAAAAAAAAAUUGAGAGCGACAGAGAGUGUUCAAUGUUCAUGCUCUCCAUAGGGGAUAUAUAAUAAUGCUUCGAAUUCAAACGCUGGACUGAGUAAUUCAAACACUCUGAACCUAAAGAUGGCUGCUUCAAUACCGAAGAAGCGCAAAGGUUCAACCUUUUUACAAUCACCAUGGCACAAAGUCUAUCCGCAAGGUUCAGAAUUAUGUCAUAGCAUCAGUAUAUCUGACCAAGAAAGGGGCCUUGCGACAAACACGCUAUGUGAGAAGGUCGAUCUAAAUGAGGCAACAUCUACUUCAAAGAGGAGGCUUGUUUUAUCCACACAUCUUAUGCAACAGCUUCUCCAACCAGCACCAGCGUUUGUUUUCUCCGGUAACAACGCAGCUUUCGACUACGAGACCGUACUUUACUUUGUGUCAAGAAUCGCCCUGGCUAAUGCAUGCCCUCUCGACUCCCAUUCUGAUUUGAGUAAGAGCACAAAUCGUCAAACUUCAAAGACAGCUAGUGAUCAAGAUCAAAGAUAUUCUUCACUCGUCAAAGCUUUCGUGGCGAAAAUGCAGAAGCUUGAGAGUGACUUCCAAAGUCUAUGCAGCUUGGAGAGGACCACAUCGAUAUUAGACAUGAUCUUAGAAAUCGAAGACCUCGAAAGAUUCUCUGUAAUAAACCGUCUCGCCACAUUUCAUAGCCGCGCAAAGACCAUUACAAGAUCAGUUCCCCAGAGAUACGUUGUUGAAAUACAAAUGCCAAUGAACCUACCCAGGCCACUACAUUGUCUAACUCUAUAAUCAUCAGUUUCUUUUGGGGAAGUAAAUAUAGGUUUGAUGUGUAUUCCAUCGGAGAUUCUUGAGGGGAAUCAGGAAGAUAAGCUUAGUAUAUAGUUUUCAUUGUAUAAAUCUGUCACAUGUACUCAAUCAUCUGUUA